CCGCUGCCCCCUGGACGGACACUUGCCCUCCGCCUCCCGCCACGCCAACGGAGGCCCGGUCGUCGAGCCCGGCGUACGCCUUGGGGCGCCCUCCGCAUCAGCGGCCCCGCAAGCUGUUUAGGGCAACGCUGCCUUCGCCGCUCAUCCCAUGCAGGCCCGGCCUGGUACAGCCAGCGUGCGCCAGCGCCCCGGUCCCCGCGUCCCAGCAGGGAGACAGGCCGGCCCGGCGGACAGGCCGCUUGGGGGACCCCUCAGCGCCCCCUGGAUCGCGCGACACGCGCCCAUUUUCCAGAUUCGGCCCGGGGCUGCGGUCGAGCCAACCUGUCCCGAAACAGGGGGCCCCGGGGGGACCUGCAAGCAGCACGGCCGCGGCUGACGCAUCCCCGCAGGGCUGCUUACGGAGACCGCACAGGGAAGGCGGCCGUCGCGGGAGGCGGGCGCGCUCGGCCACCCCUUACGGCUGUCAGCUGCGUCCCCGCCCACGAGUCGGCACGGGGCGCCAGCACACGGGGCAGGGGCCGUCUGCUGAAGGCGGACGCACCCGAGCCCUACGACUUGGCACCAAGUCGGGAUGUUAGCAUCCCAUUCGGCAGUUUCGCAUCCAGCAUGAAGCACACCAACUUGUCCUUUGCAGCCUGCGGGUUCCUGGGCAUUUACCACUUGGGGGCAGCAUCUGCACUUCGUAGACACGGCAAGAAGCUCCUGGAGGAUGUCCAGGCCUUUGCAGGGGCUUCUGCGGGAUCCUUGGUUGCAGCUGUCCUGCUAACAGCCCCACAAAAAAUAGAGGAAUGUAAUGAAUUUACCUACAAGUUUGCCGAAGAAAUCCGAAGGCAGUCUUUUGGGGCAGUAACACCCGGCUAUGAUUUCAUGGCCCGAUUGAGAAGCGGAAUGGAGCUGAUUCUCCCCACCAACGCUCAUGAGUUGGCCCACAACCGACUGCACGUAUCUAUCACCAACACCAACACCAGAGAAAAUUACCUGGUCUCCAAUUUUCCCUCUAGGGAGGAUCUCAUUAAGGUUCUGCUGGCCAGCAGCUUCGUGCCCAUUUAUGCAGGACUGAAACCAGUGGAAUACAAAGGGCAGAAGUGGGUAGAUGGAGGCCUCACGAACAGCCUUCCCAUCCUGCCCGUGGGCCGGACGGUGACGAUCUCGCCCUUCAGUGGACGACUGGACAUCUCCCCACGGGACAGAGGGCAGCUGGAUCUCUAUGUUACUGUCGCCAAUCAGGACAUAAUGUUGUCCGUGGCAAACUUGGUGAGGCUGAGCCAAGCCCUUUUCCCGCCAAGCAAGAGGAAAAUGGAAUCGCUCUAUCAACGUGGGUUUGAUGACGCCAUUCAGUUUUUACUCAAAGAAAAUUGGUUUGAAUAGAAUGCUUACAAGUUGAUAAUGCAAAACAGACUUCAUACUUUUUUUUUUCAUUUUUGUCCACAUAGUGGUUGAUGGAGGUUUCUAAUUAAAUCAUUAAAAAAAAAAA